GCAAUACCAUGCAUAUGAUGACUACCUACCAUUGGACACUAACAAUGAGGCAAGUACUCUCAUCUCCUUUUUGGCCUACCUUUGCCCUCCCUUGGCUUCAAGCCAACAAUGCUUCUCUAAUUAAUAGUCUCUUUAUUCUCUUCUACCUAGACACCAUCUCUUUACAUUUAUAAGUUAGAGAGGGCUUCAUUUGUGGAUAGAGAAUGGCGGAAACGAAGUUCACUCCAUACAAUCUUCACCUCAGUACCUCUAGCAUGAGGAGGAGUUCGAAGAACUACCAAGAACAUGAUUCUGAAACUCCACGCCAAGAAGAAGAAGAAGAUGACUCUCCUCUUUCUCUCUCAAGCUUGUCAAAGAUUAUUCUUCCUCCUCUGGGUGUUUCCAGCUUUAACCAGAAUCCUAUACAGUCCAAGGGGUGGAUAAUCUCUCCUGUGGACUCAAGAUACAGGUGCUGGGGGACAAUUAUGGCGGUUUUGGUAGCUUAUUCUCUGUGGGUAUACCCUUUUGAAGUUGCAUUUCUGAAGUCCUCGCCGUAUAGAGCACUAUACAUCGCCGACAACGUUGUCGACCUCUUUUUUGCUGUGGACAUCGUUCUAACAUUCUUCGUUGCUUACAUCGACUCAAGAACACAACUACUUGUUCGUGACAGAAGAAAGAUUGCUCGGAGGUACCUUUCAACAUGGUUUUUGAUGGAUGUGGCAUCCACUGUCCCAUUUGAACUACUGGCCUACUUGUUCACAGGCAAUGAAAAAGUAGGGCUCUCUUAUUCCCUCUUGGGCCUGCUCAGAUUUUGGAGACUUCGAAGAGUUAAGCAGCUCUUCACUAGACUUGAGAAGGAUAUCAGAUUUAGCUAUUUUUGGGUCCGGUGUGCUAGGUUACUAUGUGUGACACUAUUUCUUGUGCACUGUGCUGGUUGCCUCUACUAUUUGCUAGCUGACAGAUACCCGCACAAAGGGAAGACAUGGAUAGGUGCUGUGAUACCAAAUUUCAGAGAGACAAGCCUUUGGAUCAGAUAUAUUUCAGCUAUGUAUUGGUCAGUCACCACCAUGACUACAGUUGGUUAUGGUGAUCUCCAUGCUCAAAACUCCAUGGAAAUGAUUUUCAUCAUCUUCUACAUGCUCUUCAACCUUGGUCUAACUGCUUAUUUGAUCGGUAACAUGACAAAUCUAGUCGUUGAAGGAACUCGACGUACCAUGGAAUUUAGGAACAGCAUUGAAGCAGCAUCAAAUUUUGUGAGCAGAAACCGUUUGCCUCCAAGAUUAAAGGAUCAGAUAUUGGCAUAUAUGUGCUUGAGAUUCAAGGCUGAGAACUUGAACCAGCAUCAAUUGAUUGAACAGCUACCAAAAUCCAUCUGCAAAAGCAUUUGCCAGCAUUUGUUUCUGCCUACAGUGAAGAAGGUCUAUCUUUUCAAGGGUAUCUCAAGGGAAACACUCUUGCACCUGGUUGCGAAGAUCAAAGCUGAGUACAUCCCACCAAGAGAAGAUGUUGUCAUGCAAAAUGAGGCUCCAGAUGAUGUUUACAUAAUUGUAUCAGGAGAGGUUGAGAUCAUCGAAUCCUAUCUAGAGAAAGAACGAGUUGUUGGGACUUUGCGCUCUGCAGGGGACAUGUUUGGAGAAGUGGGUGCGCUUUGUUGCAGACCUCAGAGCCAUAUAUGUCGAACGAGAACACUCUCACAGCUCCUGAGGAUCAAAACCACAGCUCUUAUAGAAGCAAUGCAUACCAAUCAAGACGAUUACAUAGCUAUUAUAAAGAACUUUCUUCAGCAUCACAAAGGGCUUAAGGAUUUGAAGAUUGGAGAUUUAACUGUUGAGAAUGGAGAAGAAGAGGAUGAUCCAAACAUGGCUUCCAACUUGCUAGCUACAGCAAGCACAGGCAAUGCUGCUUUUCUUGAAGAACUUCUCAAGGCAAAAUUGGAUCCUGAUAUUGGAGACUCCAAAGGAAGAACCCCAUUGCACAUAGCAGCAUCAAAAGGACAUGAAGAGUGUGUGGUGGUGCUCCUUAGGCAUGGAUGCGAUAUACACCUGAGAGAUAUUAAUGGUAAUACUGCUUUGUGGGAAGCCAUAUCAUCGAAGCAUCAUUCCAUAUUUAGGAUUCUCUUUCACUAUGCUUCCGUUUCUGACCCUCACGCCGCGGGUGAUCUCUUAUGCACCGCUGCAAAACAAAACGAUCUGAUGGUGAUGAAGGAACUACUGAAACAAGGAUUAAAUGUCGAUUCAAAGGAUCGCCAUGGAAAAACAGCACUCCAAGUAGCCAUGGCAGAGAAUCAUGGGGACAUGGUAAACUUGCUAGUAAUGAACGGCGCGGAAGUUGCUGAAGCAAACACUCAUGACUUCUCUUCCACGAGCCUCAAUGAAAUGCUUCAAAAGAGAGAGAUCGGACACCGAAUUACGGUGCCUGAUGUCUUGACAGCUAAUGAAUUGCUUUUAAAGAGGUGUGAAGGGGAACAAGAAUGCACCUCAUGUACUGGUAAAUCCAAAGGAUCGUCAUCAGAUUGUAUUAGGGUGAGCAUAUACAGAGGACAUCCCAUGGUUAGGAGACAAACUUGCUGUGUGGAAGCCGGGAGAUUGAUCAAGUUGCCAAAUUCCCUAGAGGAGCUAAAGAGCAUUGCAGGUGAAAAGUUUGGAUUCGAUGCAAGAAAUGCUAUGGUGACAGAUGAAGAAGGUUCAGAGAUUGACUCCAUUGAAGUGAUUAGAGACAAGGACAAGCUUUUCAUAGUUGAAGAUCCAACUUGCUUAAUCCAUUUGGAGGGAAACUAGCUAGUUAAGGUUGCAAUCAAUACUGAUCAUCAGGCAUACAUAAUUUUAUAGACAAGUGUACUUAGAUCGAUCUCACUUAAUAAUUAGCAUAUAUGCAAAUGUUUA